CCUGUGUUGUAAUCCUCCUAGUAGAUUCGGUGCAACAAACUCUUACCAGAAACUCAUUUUUGUCAAUGCCAUUGCUGUGAUUCCGAUUGAACAUUGGGCUUCCCUGGAUCUUCUUGAAAAUUUAGCUACAAAGUGUGUUCACUUGACUUCACAAGAUAAAGAAGAGAUUUUUACAAAGUACAAGGAGCACCUUCGUUCAAUAAUAUCAACUGGACCGAUGCUUAAAAAGGCAAAAGAAAGAGCCCAGAAACUGCAUGAAAAUGCAGAACGUUCAUUUAAUUGUCCAGAAGCCACCGUGGAUGCCACCAAAAUUCUUGCAAAUGCUACCGAAAACCUCGUGAACGCAAAAGAAGUUCUAUAUGAAUCAAAAUUGAAAGCGCGUGCAUAUGAUAGAU